AUGCACUUCCAAGGCAUGGGGACACUUUUGAGUCUUAAGCUGUCACCGAAAAUUGCUCGCAAGAUGUUGCUUCAAGCACAUAAAUGGACCGGCAAGGAAGCUCUUGCUGAUGGCGUGGUUGACGAGAUCGUGAAACCAGAUGUAAUGCUGGAUGCUGCGCUGAAAAUCGCUCAAGAGUGGGCGCCAAAAGCAAAGGCAGGAGUGUACGGAGUCUUGAGGAACGAGCUUUAUGGCGAGGCUACAAGAUCAUUCGCGCUGAUCAGUCAUGUACAUUCCAGAGAAACCAACAGACGAGCACUAGUAAAGCUGUAA